AUGAAGUUCGCCAAAGAAUUGGAGCACGAGCUGGUUCCAGAGUGGCGGGCCAAAUACUUAGACUACAAGGCUGGGAAAAAGAAAGUCAAGGCAAUCGCGCGCGCCAUCCAAAAAGCCAAUCGCACUCCCAACAACCCUUCGAUUCGGCGUCCCCCACCUGGACAAGGCGAUCAAUCAGAUACACCACUUGGGUCGAACCGCUCCGCAUCAUUUCGUCGGGCGGAAAAACAAAUCGACGGGUCCGAUGGAGAGUACAAUCUCACAGUGAAGAGCCCCAGUCUGACUUCGCGGUCAACUCCUGGUCAAAGACAUGAACGGCAGCCCCUACGCGUGCCUGGAUCGCGGUUUUCUGCCGUGGUUGGAAGCUAUGGAAGCAUACUUGCAUCCCCCCCGCAGCAUCCGGGGACGUCAGACGCGGCUUCCCUCGAGUUGCCUGACCCAGCAAUAGAUUAUCAUGAUGAUGCUCGUUCUUCGGAAAGACACACGGAUCGUCGAAUUGCACCUCAGACGCCGUCUCCUGUCAUGUCGCGACAGGGCACCAGUAGGGCUGCUUUCAAAGAUCCGACACAUCACACGCCCCCGGCAAAACAGCCGGUUGCGACAAGUGGUGAAUCCAAGAAAAGCGUAGCCUCGGGUUCUUCCAGUCGACGGAAUUCCCGUCUUCUGAAGCGCGUUCUAUCGACAACCGAAUCAGCAGAGAAGCUUGCAGAGGCUGAGCAACGCACCGAAGUCGAGCGGAAACAAGAUGAGUUCUUUGCUUUUCUCGACAGCGAAUUGGCAAAGAUUGAAUCCUUUUAUCACAUGAAAGAGCAGGAAGCUACUGCUCGUUUAAAGGUGUUGCGGGAGCAAUUGCAUACCAUGAGAGACCAGCGGAUACAAGAGAUCCUGCAUGCGAAGAGAUAUCGAAAUCGAGAUGCUGAACCCAAACCGACUGAAACUCUGGGUACAUUUAACGGUCGCCUGUUUAAAGAUGCGUUUCCGGGGCGUCGCAUCGGAAAGAACUCCAAGGCCCUGGCGGCUUUGGCUACCCCCGGAGGCGGGCAAGCACAGGAUUCUGAUAGCAUCGUUAGGCGGAGGGAUUUCACUCGCCAGCCGCCAGAACCGCAACAGCAACCGAAGUCUGAAGUCCCGUAUCGAUCUGCAAAGAGGAAAUUGAAGUAUGCUUUGCAAGAGUUCUACCGAGGCGUAGAGCUUCUGAAGGCUUAUGCCUAUCUCAAUAGGACUGCCUUCCGGAAGAUAAAUAAAAAGUACGAUAAGGUUGUCGACACACGCCCGUCAAUGAGGUAUAUGGGCGACAAAGUCAACCGAGCUUGGUUUGUGCAAAGCGAGGUGACCGAAAGCCUGCUAGCCAUUGCGGAAGACCUGUAUGCUCGCUAUUUUGAGGGCGGCAAACGCAAGAUUGCAGCGUCGAAACUGCGCCAUACUAUCAGGAAAUCCGGUGAUUACUCACCAAAUACUUUUCGCUGUGGUCUGCUUGCGAUGGCUGGAAUUCUAUUUGCAAUUCAGAGUCUUAUUUACGCGAGUCAACACCUUCGGGGCGAGGACGCAACGAUACGUACUCACACGAGUUACUUACUUCAGAUUUACGGAGGAUACUUUUUGGUUGUUUUUCAUUUUUUGCUAUUUUGUUUAGAUUGCAUGGUCUGGGAUAGGACCAAGAUAAACUAUGUUUUCGUUUUUGAAUACGAUACUAGACAUGCUCUGGACUGGCGCCAGUUAACUGAGCUCCCUUGUUUCUUCUUGUUCAUAUUAGGUCUCUUUAUGUGGCUCAACUUCCUGUCGGUCAAUGACAUGUUUGUUUAUUGGCCUGUCGUGCUUAUAGGUUUAACUUUGAUUGUGUUAUUCUUGCCAGCACGCAUCUUAUACCACCGGAGUCGAAAAUGGUGGGCAUAUUCAAAUUGGCGUCUCCUGCUGGCAGGAUUAUACCCUGUUGAAUUUCGUGACUUCUUCCUCGGUGAUAUGUACUGUUCCCAGACAUAUGCAAUGGGCAAUAUUUCGCUGUUCUUUUGCCUCUAUGCAAAGCACUGGGGCGAUCCCCCAAUGUGCAAUUCGUCUCACUCACGACUACUAGGGUUCUUCACUACCCUUCCAUCUAUUUGGAGAGCUUUUCAGUGCAUCCGCCGUUAUGUGGAUACGAAGAACAUUUUCCCACAUCUCCUGAAUUUUGGCAAAUACUUGUUCGGAGUACUAUAUUACGCAACAUUGAGCAUGUACCGCAUUGAAAAAGUAACCCGGUUUCAGGCUCCUUUUAUUACAUUCGCGCUGUUGAACGCUGUGUAUACUUCCGUGUGGGACUUGGCCAUGGACUGGAGUUUAGGCAACGUCUAUGCGAAACACCCCCUGCUGCGCGAAACCUUAGCAUUUAGAAGGGUAUGGGUUUACUAUGUGGCCAUGGUACUGGAUGUUGUCGUUCGUUUCAAUUGGAUCUUCUACGCUAUCUUCGCGCAUGAUUUGCAGCAUUCGGCCGUGCUCAGCUUCGUUGUCUCCUUCUCCGAAAUCUGCCGACGAGGCAUAUGGACGAUAUUCCGAGUCGAAAACGAGCACUGCACAAACGUUCUCCUCUUCCGUGCCUCCAGAGAUGUUCCUCUACCCUAUGAGGUGCCAUCUACAGGUGGGCAAGCCGAGCAACCGUCCGAACAGCCACAGGCGCAAGAUGCACAAGCUGCUGUCUCACCUUCGCCUGCUGGUGACGUCGAACAGGCAACUCCGUCAACACCCGGUCGCCCACGAGCCCUCUCUCGCGUUGGAACUAUGUUGGCGUCUGCUCACGCGCAAGACUUUCAGCGAAAACGACAACCAGGUGAAAUGGGCGGAGCUACUGUGGCACACGGCGAGACGGAUACUCCUGACGAUACAAGCGACGAGGAAGACUCUGGCGACACCCGAUCGUAUAGGGAUGCAGAAGACGCAAUUGUGGAGGAGGUCCCAUCGGACGACACUCGCUGA